UUUGUUGGUUGAACACGCCGACCUAUGGUUUAAAUUUUGAUUCCAUUUGCACUGAAAAUUUUCUGAACUUUUCUCAAAUAGGUUGAAAAAUCAUUUUUUCUUUGUUUAAGCCAUAUCCAAAUUUUAAUUUAUAUUUUUGGCCCUGCUUUUGCUUUGAAGGCAGUCGAGAUUUACUACGUUCCAGUGGGUCAAUGAUUAAAUUACCAUGGACUCUCUUCUUCAUUAUUGGGACCGCAACAUGCUCGUUUAACCAAGUUGAUGAAUCCUAUGCGUGUAUAAGAGAGUUUUGUUUUCUUACACAAAUGAAUGUUGAUAACUGCACUAAAAACCAUGACUUUAUGUCGAGCGAUCCGGCUUUACAGCAAAUUGCAUUUAAAGAAGGAAAACAAUGUUUUAUUUAUGGAAUUAGUUCAGACUAUACAAAAUAUACAUGCACAAGAACGAUAAUUGAUCAUAUCACACUCAAUUAUGACAUCUAUAUGGAGAGCAUAGUAGCAACACCAACAAGUGAAACAAGUUGCAAGGAUCCAUAUUACGCAUUUGAAUCUUGCCGAUGUAGGCAAAGCUAUGACAUAACUGAAAAUUUGGUUAACAAAUAUAAAUGGGCAGACAAGAAAAUGUCAAUUUAUAAGCAGGAGGAGGUGAUGAAUCAAUGCAAAGAUUUCAAGAAGUGUGCUAACGAAUGCUUCUCACAGUAUCCAGAUAUAGCAAGGAUUUCUGCCGGAUGUGACAUUGUGGAAUUAAAGUACUCGCCAUUCAUGAGUUGCCUGACAAAGUUACGCAAUCGCGAGUUCAAGCUGCCGCACUACAAUUGCACGGAUUCCAAUUUUCGAAGCAGAGAUAUAGAAGUACUUAUCAAUAUGUUCACAGAGGAUAUGUACUGUACCAAGUGGAUUAUGAGGAAACAUUGUGAUGAAAGUGCGGUAAUAGAUUUCCGAAAAUAUGCAUCAUUUCUUGCAAGCAAUCUUAAAGGAACUCUUGUACUCUUCUCCGGCUAUAAUGCACUAUGAUUCGGAAAUCUGUUCUUUGCCAAUGAAUUGUAUCAAAUAAAGUGAAGUAAACUUCGUCAUGUUCAAA